GUAUGAUGACUUUUCAGAUCCUCCUGGGGGUUUCCCUUGUUGCCUUGCUGCUGCUGGAUGUUCAUGGACUUCCUGUGAAAGCUCCAAAAUCCCAACAGCAGGGUGGCAGUGGCACCAAUGCAGCUUCUCAGGGAGUAGCAGCUCCUUUCCAUGCUGCUCAUGCAUCCUUCAGUGCUCCUGUAGGAAAGGUUCCUAGUCACCCUUUCCCAGUGCAACAACCAGCACCAUUUGUUGGCAUGAGCCCAAUGGCUGGAGUAUAUCCAGGUUCUUUUCCUGUUCAAGCAGGACAGUAUGGGCCCUAUGCCAUUCCUGCAGCAUAUUCUAGUGAUGGUUCCCAGUUGGCAGGAUAUUAUGCUGCCUCUCAACAGGCUGAAGCUGCUCAGCCUAUCCCCACAGCAGAAUGGGUUGUUGCUCCUCCUUCCUUUGAGGAACCCGCAGCUGAUGCUGAGGUUGUCGGUGCCCUUCUCCCUCCUCCACAGCCUCUAGGACCUACCCUUCAGUCUGGGGAGACUGCCAACAUAGUAAAGGAAGCUGAACUUGGGCUGCACUUGCCGGCUCAGCAGGAGGAGUGUUUAUACAUGGGUGACUGGCGAAGAGGGGAGGAGAGGCGAAACUUGGCGAGGAGGCGCCUGGUUCUGGUCCACCUCCCUACACACCUGCUGCGAGUUACCUCGUUAAUGGAGCGCUCUUAA